AUGGUCGUCGUCUUCUUCACCCUGCGAAACUUUGAACUGUUUACCCAGAGGGAACCGUUGUUCCAUACGACAGCCGAUGUUGAUUGGUCGCGCUUUGCCUAUACCCAAUAUGUCACGAACAGCGAAUACCUCUGCAACUCGGUCAUGUUCUUCGAAGCCUUGCAUCGCCUUUCCAGCCGCGCCGACCGUGUCAUGAUGUAUCCCUCCCGAAUGCUCGGGUCGGACGACGAUGACUCGAGCGAUGCUCGUUUGCUCAUCAAAGCUCGUGACGAAUUCAAAGUCAAGCUCAUUCCCAUCACUGUCCAACACAGAGACAAUGCAGAUACUACCUGGGCCGACUCGUUUACGAAACUCCUCGCCUUCAACCAAACCCAAUAUAGUCGCGUUCUUUCCAUCGAUUCAGACUCUAUUCUUCUGCAAGAGAUGGACGAACUUUUCCUUCUACCUUCGGUGCCGGUAGCCAUGCCUCGAGCCUACUGGCUAUACCCCGAUAAGGAGAUUCUCUCAUCUCAAGUUGUUCUUAUUGAGCCGUCCGAGGUUGAGUUUACCCGUAUUAUGGAUAAAGUAAAUUUAGCUUCCAAGGACGACUACGAUAUGGAGAUCGUUAAUUAUCUCUAUCGAAAUAACGCUCUCGUUCUCCCGCAUCGUCCCUACGACCUAUUAACUGGCGAAUUCCGAGGUGAUGACCACACGAAGUACCUCGGCUCUGACGUUGAAACUUGGGAUCCUACUGCGGUCUACAAUGAGGCAAAGCUCGUUCAUUUUUCCGAUUGGCCAAUUCCAAAACCUUGGCUACCGACACCUGACAAUCUACGUCUGAAAUUGCAGCCUAAAUGUAUGAACUCAACAGAUGGCGUUGAGGACUGCGCAGCUCGGAAAAUUUGGAAUGGUUUUUAUACAGAUUUCAAAAAGCAGCGGAAGGAGGUUUGCAACUAA